AUGACUGGAAAAAGGGGACAAAAAUCCGGUUCUAAUAACGAUGGUACUCAAAAAAAUACUGGCGGUAGUAGUGGCAAUACGAGAAAUCGUAGAAGACGUGGAGGUGACAGUGGCCAUAGUGGUGGCAGUGGUCGUGGUGGUGGUAGUGGUGGUGGUGGCAGUGGUCGUGGUGGUGGUAGUAGUCGUGGUGGUGGUAGUGGUCGUGGUAAUGGCAAUAGUCGUGGUGGUAAUGGUGAUCGUGAUGGUGGUGGUGGUAGUGGUCGUGGUGGUGGCAAUGGUCGUGGUGGUAAUGGUGAUCGUGAUGGUCGCCAUGAUGAAAGGCGUGAUAUCAUUGAUCAAAAUCGUAAUCAUGCACCAGCACCACCAAAACUUAGUGUUCCUGAAAUAAAACAAUCACAACAAGAUACCGCCAUUAUGAAUUUUGGUUCUUCCGAAUUAAGUUAUAAUGGUAGUGAUCGAAUAGUAUUUAUUACUAAUGGUGAACAAAUUAAACCUAUUUGGAAAAGAAUAUUGAGAAAAGACAAACCUUGGAAUCAAAGUGACGCUAGGAUUUUUGUUAGUUCUGCAUUGGUAGCAACAGAUCGUCGAACAGGUUAUGAAGUAGAGGAAGUAAUUACUGAAUUAGGUGAAAGUGGUCUCAAGAGAUUAAGGGAAAUUAUAAAUUUUCCUUCAAUGUCAUGUGAUGCUGGUCUUGAUAAUGAUGUGUUAUCUUUUCAACACGUUAUAUUACCUUUAUUGGGUUUAUUCACUAGAACGGCUAUCACUGAAUGUAUUUUGGAAAAAUAUGCUCAUGCAAUCUUUAUGGUUGUAUAUAUAAACCUUGACUCGUUUCUUUCUGAUAAUGUGAUGAGAAUGUUGGAGAUAUUGGUCCAACGUAAUUCUGUUAAAGAUAAUCGUGUUAGCGUCGAGACAUUAUUGUCACGUGAACGAUAUUCAUUUAUUCCAUCUUCUUUGGGAGUAUUUUUCUUGAUAAUCGUACGACUUCUUACAGAAUUAUUACGUCGUGUUAGGGAAGCGGCUGCUAAUGAAACAAUGCAUAGAAUUGCAAAUAAUUUAUAUCGAUUAAAAACUGCGUAUCAACAAUCACUUGAACGACAACAAUUUUCUCCAACAGAUCCAUUAGCCAAUAAUGUGGAGACCAGGAAAUUUUUUUUUACGAUAUUAGAAAGAGAAAUAAAUAUCAUGGAUAGAAUGUUAAAUAAUAGUCGUAAAGGUUUAAUUCUUGAACAAAAUCUUAAAGCUAAUAAUAAUUUGAAUGUAAAAUCAGAUAAAUCAUAUUACAGAGAAUUAUCUAGAAAAGUUGACGCUGAAAGAACUUAUGAUCCACCUGGUGAUUUAUCAAAAUAUGGUAGAAGGCAUGAUAAUGAUUUUGCAGAAAUUUCUGAAAUGUCAAUUAUUCCUACAAAUGAAGAAAUAUUAUGUGAACGUCCUCCUUUUUUACCUUCAUUCCGUUAUCCAUUUCAUUUUUUAUCUGAUGGAGCUGCUAGAUUACUUGAUACACAAUUUCGUCUUUUAAGAGAAGAUUUAUUAAAUCCAAUCCGUAAUGGUUUAUCAAAUUUGAUGGUUGCAUUAUUACAAGAGCAUACUCCUACUAGUGAUGCUAAAUUAUCAAGAGAAUUAAAGAAAAUACAAGAAAAAAGUGGAGGUAGAUUUUCGUAUAAUAAUGGUGCGAACGAAAACGGUGAUCUACAAGUAUAUACGAAUGUACAAUUCGCUAAUAUUUCUUGUGAUAGAAGAAAAGGAUUUGCUUGUACUAUAAGAUUUACUCCUCCAAAAAGUAGUGCAAAAGAUGCAAGAGGUAGAAGAGAAUAUUGGGAAAAGAGUAAAAGAUUAUUAACUGGUAGUUUAGUUACCAUCAUAUUACCAAAUCCAAAUCCCAAAAGAGUGAAUUCAAAUACUACUAUAAGUAAUUCUGAUUUAUAUUCACUUUAUUUUGGUGUAGUUGUAUCAAGAGACGAAAAAGCUUUAUCUAAAGAUGAAAAUUUUUCGGAGAUUGAUGUUAAUUUUAUUGAUUCAUCAAUUUAUCCUAUUGCAUUAAGUGAAAUUUCCAGUUUUAAAAGAAUUUCAACAGAAAAAAGAUUUAUGGUAGAAUCAACUGGUGUUUAUUUAGAAGCAUAUUAUCAUAUUCUUAAAACUCUUCAAACUGCAGAUCCUUCUUCUUUACCUUUUGAAAAAUAUUUGGCUCCUAAUCUUGAAGAUAAAGGAAAUAUGAGACGAAGUAUUGAUGUUAAAGUUGAAAAUCCUAUGUAUACUAGAGCUCCAGGAUUUCAAUUUGAUUUAUCAAUUUUAUGUAAAAAUAAACAUAAAUUAAGAUUAAAUGUUGCGGAUGAGUGUAGUUACGAAAGAUCCAUAAGAAAGAUCGUUAAAUAUAGUAAUAUCGGAAAAUUACCAAAUGGAACUCCAUAUGGAUUAGACGAAACUCAAGCGACGGCUUUGAUAUCAUCUUUAACACGUGAAAUCGCAUUAGUUGAAGGACCACCUGGUACUGGUAAAACAGUAGUUGGAGUUCAAAUAAUGAAAGUUUUAUUAGCUGAAGAAAAUCGACAUACAAAUAUUGGACCAAUUCUAACAAUUUGUUUUACUAAUCACGCUCUUGAUCAAUUCUUGGAGCAUUUACUUGAUGAAAAUAUAACGAAUAUUGUGAGGUUAGGUUCUCGAUCGAAAUCUGAAAAGAUCAAAGAAUUUAGUUUAGAAGAAGUUUGUAGAAAUCGUGCUCGUACCAAAAAAGAAUCUUAUUUAUUAUACCAAUUAUAUAGAGAGAUUGAAGAUGUAGAAAAAGAUACAGAGAAAAUGAGGAACACUUUAUUUAAUAGAUGGAUGAAAUGGAGUGAUAUAAGAGAAUAUUUAAUGGUUGAAGAGAGAGGAUUUUACGAUAAAUUUGAUAUGGUAUAUGAAAAUGAUUUACCUAGUUGGGUUUUAGGUACCGAUGAUAAUGAAGGGUUUCAGACUGCUAAAAAAAAUAAUAAACAAAAGCGUAAAGAUCCAUUUGAUGAAUGGAUAGAAGGAGGAGACAUUAGAAUAAUUAACAAGAGAAAGGAACUUUUAUUAAAUCCACCGAAGAAUGACAAGAAAAAUAAGAAAAACCCAAAUAAAAAUACAUUUGAUAUACUGAAAGUGGAAGAGACCGGAGAUCAUAUGGAUACAAGUAACGAUGGAUCACAAGUUGAUUAUUAUACGAUACAAUGGAUUGAAAAUUACAAUGAACCAAAAACAAAUCGACCUUUAAAUGUAUUAUUAUAUGAUCGUUCAGUUUGGAAAAUGUCAAUGUUAGAAAGACAAAAGCUUCAUGAUCAUUGGCGUACAAAAAUUUAUAAAGAAAUUGUUGAAAAAUUUUCAGAAUUACAAAAAAGGCACGAAGAAAUACGCCAAGAAAUAAAUGGAAUUUAUGAUGAAGGACGUCGUCAAGUAUUAUUAAAUAGUGAUGUUAUUGGUAUGACUACAAAUGGUGCAGCUAAAUUUCAAAAUUUAAUUAGAUCAAUUGGUCCCAAAAUUAUUAUUUGUGAAGAAGCAGGAGAAGUAUUAGAAGCUCAUAUUCUAAGUGCAUUAACUCCAUCGACUCAACAUUUGAUAUUAAUUGGUGAUCACAAUCAACUUCGACCUCACAUUGCAACUUAUUCUCUUAGUGUGGAUUCACCAGUAGGAAAUAAUUAUCAAUUAGAUCAAUCAUUAUUUGAAAGGUUAGUUAAGGGUGAUAGGGCAGUCAAAAUUGAGAAGGCUCAACUUCUAACCCAAAGACGUAUGAGAAAAGAAGUAUCUGAUUUGAUCAGAUAUACACUUUAUCCAAGUUUAAUUGAUGGUGAUAAUACUAGAAGAUACGAAAAUGUACGUGGAGCUCAACAUAAUGUAUAUUUUAUUGAACAUAGAAAUCCAGAAGAUGGUUCAGGUGGAGAGCAUGCAAUGAAGUCUCAUGUGAACAGAUAUGAAGUUAAAAUGGUGGUUGAGAUGGUAAAAUAUUUCGUUAGGAAUGGAUAUACUAAACCCGAUGAUAUAGCUGUACUUACUCCUUAUUUAGGACAAAUGAUUAAAAUUAGAGAUGCUUUAAAAAAAUCAUUUGUUGUUGUUAUUGACGAAAGAGAUGCGUUGGAUAUUGCUGAAAUGGAAGAAGAACAAGAACAACAAGGUGAAACUAGUAAUAAUAUAGAUACCAUAAGCGUUGCGUCAAGAAAAUCAUUAAAUCAACAAGUUACUUUAAGAACUGUUGAUAAUUUUCAAGGUGAAGAAGCGAACAUAGUUAUUGUUUCAUUAGUUCGUAAUUUCUCUAAAUCUGGUAGUGGUGGUGGACAUGAUUCCAUCGGAUUUCUCAAAAGUACAAAUAGAACUAAUGUAUUAUUGUCACGUGCUCGUAAAGGAAUGUAUCUCAUUGGUAAUUCUGAAUUAAUGUCAAUGAAAUCUAAAGAUAUGUGGGCUCCAGUAAUUAAUAUUUUACAUAAUCGUAAUCAAGUCGGUUUUGGUAUGCCAAUUAUAUGUAAUAAACAUCCUCAUUACAAAAACACUAUCGUUGAUCCUGAUCAAUUUGAACAAAUUAGUCCAGAUGGUGGAUGCUAUGAAAAUUGUAACAUGGCACUUCCUUGCGGGCAUAUAUGUAAAUAUAAGUGUCAUUCUGACGAUCCUGAACACAUCGGAGUUAAAUGUAACGAACGUUGUUCAAGAUUACAUUCAAAAUGCCAUCAUCCAUGUCCAAAGUUUUGUUCUGAUGAAUGUGGAAGAUGUGAAUUUCCUAUCGGAUCUAUUUUAUUACGUUGUGGUCAUAUAUUACAAAAUGCUAAAUGUUGGCAAAUUCAAAUUAUGGAUUCAAUUAAAUGUAAAACCUUAGUUUCGAAAAAAUUACCAUAUUGUGAACACACUAAAACCAUUCGCUGCUCUGAGCCUGCCGAAGAUGCCAAUUGUACAGAAUUAUGCAGAAAACAAUUGGAAUGUGGCCACGAAUGUCUGAGUUUAUGUUCUGAAUGUCAAAACCGGUCUAAACCACAAAAAUCCAAAGGUAAAAACAAAACGAAAGAAACAAAUAAUAUAAUCAUUCCUAUUGAACGAACACGGCAUGGAAAAUGUCAAAAUGUAUGUGAUAGAUUAUUAUUUUGUGGUCAUAUAUGCAAAUCUAGUUGUCACGAAGGAAAUGAAUGUCCACCAUGUAAGAAUAAUUGUACAGUAAUAUGUAAGCAUACAUCAUGUCAUAAGCCUUGUUUAGAACCUUGUGCUGUAUGUGCAGAAAAAUGUCUAUGGGAAUGUAUACAUCAAGGAAGAUGUGAAUUAAGUUGUGGAGCUCCUUGUUAUAGAUUACCUUGUAACGAAAGAUGUAAUAAAAUAUUGGAAUGUGGACAUGAUUGUGCUGGAGUUUGUGGUGAGAUUUGUCCUUCAAAAGAUUUUUGUCUUGAAUGUGCUCCUGAAAAAGUUAAAAGUCAAGUACCGGAUAUGAUUAUUAACAGUACGUUUAGUGAAGUAGAUUGGGAGCUAGAAAGAAUGAUCGUUCUUACUUGUGGGCAUGUGUUUACUAUGGAAACUAUGGAUAUGCUUAUGGAAAUGAAAGACUUUUAUGAGGGGUCAGUUGAAGGAGGAUGGACAUCAGUUAAAAUACUACCGACUUCACCAAUGAAUAUGAAGACGUGUCCGACAUGUAGAACACCAGUUAAAGGCGUCAGGAGAUACGGGAGAAUAAUUAAUAAAUACACAUUAGAUAUACAAAAUAAGAAAUUCCUGUCAAAAUAUGAUCGUCUAUUAAAAGAAGUUGCCAGCCAGAUUAUUCCUCUUAGAGACGAAAUGAUGAAUAAAAGAAAUGAAUUAAAAAAUGCUUUACCCAAACUUGAAUCAAGACCAGCUGAAAUUGUACUUAAGGAAGAUAAUGUCAUAGACGAUAAAUUACCUGAAAUCACACCUCAUAAUUAUUUUGGGAAUAUCGAAAGGUAUCAUGGGUUUGAUAACGUUAGUGAAAAAGUAUGGGUUACUCAUGUUAAAAAAUUAUUAAAAUGUUAUCAAAGAUUAACUUCAAUUAUUAACGCCACGAAAUUACCACCUCAUAAAAAAGCCUUUGAGGCCGCUGUUUCAAGUUUAUAUCAGGCUAAGUUGGCAAAAGAAAAUUCUGUAGAUGAUUUGGUCGAAAAUUUAUUAAAUUUUCAGAUUUCGGAUAACUCUUCUUCCUCUUUUGAUCAUUAUGUUAAUGCUAUAAGAUCAACUCCAUCCGAAACUUUUCAAGAAACGCUUUCACAAGUAGGAAUUUCAAUACCACAAGUAGAUCGUAGAAUUUAUUUGGAUACACUUUUUGAAAUCAUCAAUAUACAAAAAAUUCUAUAUCACGAAAUUUUAUUUAUAAUUCAAGAAUUAUCAAAAGAAUUAAGUCCUGCUACUACAUUAAUUGAAAAUGUUUUAAGUAUUAAGGAAAUUUGGAAAAAUUUUAUUGAAAGAUUACAAAUUUCUAUUCAAAAUCAUUUAAAUACAAUAAGAGAAAUAGCGGAAUCUACUCAUUAUGGUAGACAUUUAAUUUUAGUUGAUGUAGAAAUAUUAGAAUUUGAUAUUAAAUUGCUUAGAUAUCAAUUAAGACAUCCGCCUAACAGUAAUGGUAUUAUUAGUAAAGCACUUCAAGAUAGGAUUACAAGAAAAUGUAAGGAUAUUGAAACACGUAUUGUGCAAAUAGCUAAUAGUAGUAGACAUAAAAAUUCUGAAAAGGAAUUUAAGAAAGAUGUUCAUAAGAGAUUAGUAAAUUUAUUAGAAAGUUGUAAUGAAGUUAAAACUUGUGCAGUGAAUUUAAAUAAAACAUUAAGUAAUGAAGAAAAAUCAGAAAUUUAUCGAGCUAUGAAAACAGAAUUUAGAGGUUCAGGACAUUGGUAUCAGUGUCCGAAUGGUCAUCCGUAUACGAUUGGUGAAUGUGGUGGAGCCAUGGUAAUGAGUAGAUGUCCUGAUUGCAACGCACCAAUUGGUGGAGGUGAUCAUCGGUUAACCACCGGAAAUAGAAUAAAUUCAGAUUUUGAGUCUAUGCAUUAGAUAAUUUUGCAUUUAUCGUACAGUAUUUAUUCAUUUAUAAAGUAUUAAUUUUUUUAAAAAAUUUUCUUUUUUAUAUAAAUGAAUUAGAAAUCCUGUAUAUUAAAUGCUUUUUUUUAAAAAAAAAUUGUAAUAACGAUAUUUAUUUUAAUUUCAAUAAACAAAUAUAAUAAUUAUUUA